AUGGACAUCCCGCCGCUGGCCGGCAAGGUCGCGGCGCUGUCGCUCGGCGCCCUCCCCGUGUCCUACGCGCUCAACCGCGUCUCGGCGCUGUCGCACCCCCUGUGGGUGGCGCUGAUGAGUGCCUUGAUCCUGGGUCUGCUCUUCACGGCCUUCUACAACUUGGGCCGCGUGGACACCGCCUAUGACCCGCUCUAUGCUGUCUUCGCGGUCUUCGCCUUCACCUCGGUGGUGGACCUGAUGAUCGCGCUGCAGGAGGAUGGCUACGUGGAGGGCUUCAUGGAGUUCUAUACCAAGGAGGGCGAGCCGUACCUGCGUACAGCCCACGGCAUCCUCAUCUGCUACUGGGACGGCACUGUCCACUACCUCCUCUACCUGGCCAUGGCCGGCGCCAUCCGCACAAGAAAGAGGUACCGGAACCUGGGACUCUACUGGCUGGGGUCGUUCGCCAUGAGUGUCCUGGUGUUCCUCCCAGGAAAUAUUCUUGGAAAAUAUAGCUCAGAGAUCAGGCCCGCCUUCUUCCUGGCCAUCCCCUACCUGCUGGUCCCAAGCUGGGCCGGCAUGAGAAUUUUCAACCAGCCCCGGGAGCAAACCCGCUUCAUGCCCAACAUGGUACAGGAGCAGCAAGGGAAGAGCCUUCUGCGGCGUCCUGCUGACCUGGCCCUGGUCAUAUACCUCAUCCUUGCUGCGUUUUUCACUCUCUUCCGGGGCCUGGUGGUGCUCGACUGCCCCACGGAUGCUUGCUUUGUCUACAUCUACCAGUUUGAGCCAUACCUGCGGGACCCUGUGGCCUAUCCAAAGGUUCAGAUGCUGCUGUACUUGUUCUACGUGCUGCCCUUCUUCUGCCUGGCCGCCUACGCCCUCACCGUCCCUGGGUGCUCCUGGCUGCCCGACUGGGCCUUGGUGUUCGCAGGAGCCAUCGGCCAGGCGCAGUUUUCCCACGCGGGGGCAUCCAUGCACCCACGCACGCCCUUCACCUACCGCGUGCCCGAGGACGCCUGGGCCUGCUUCCUCCUGAGCAACGCGCUCUUCGCGCUGGGCCCGCACCUGCUGGCCUUCCGCUGCCUGCGGAGCCCGGCCUUCUUCCAGCGCCCGCCGCCCCCCGCGCCCCCGGCCCCCAAGAAGCAGCAGUGA